AUGGCUCUGUCUGUGGACAUUACCGCGCCCAACGGCCGCACGUGGGCACAACCUCUCGGCCUGUUCAUCAACAACGAAUUCGUUCCCUCGCAAUCCGGGGCAAAACUUGCAACUAUCGAUCCAGCAACGGAGAAGGAAAUCACCUCAGUGUUCGCAGCGCAAGAAGCAGAUGUGGACAAGGCCGUGAGAGCGGCGCGAGCAGCAUUCGAGGGCCCAUGGCAGGAGCUAUCUGCAACAGAUCGCGGGCGAUUGAUUGUCAAGCUAGCCAGCCUAAUUGAGGAGAACCAAGAGCUGUUCGCCACAAUUGACACACUGGAUAAUGGCAAGCCCUACCGCGUCAUGAUCGAGGAGGACCUCCCGGAAGCCUUCAACACGAUCCGCUACUACGGCGAAUGGGCCGACAAGGUUGGUGGCCAGACUAUCUCAACCACUGGCAGCAAGUUCGCCUACACGCUGCGUGAGCCGCUUGGCGUCGUCGGCCAGAUCAUCCCGUGGAACUACCCGCUCGGCAUGGCCGCGUGGAAGCUCGGUCCCGCCCUGGCCUGCGGCAACACGGUCGUCAUCAAGGCCGCCGAGCAGACGCCGCUCAGCAUCCUCUACCUGGGAAACCUGAUCAAGACCGCUGGUUUCCCUCCGGGUGUCGUCAACAUCAUCAACGGCACGGGCCGUGAGGCUGGCGCGGCGCUGGUCAAUCAUCCGGACGUCGAUAAGGUGGCGUUCACCGGCUCGACGGCGACGGCGCAGCAUAUCAUGAAGGCUGCCGCCAGCACGCUGAAGAACAUUACGCUCGAGACUGGCGGCAAGUCGCCCGCUGUCGUCUUCGCAGACGCAGACUUGGAGCAGGCGGUGAGAUGGGCCCACAUCGGCAUCAUGAACAACCAAGGCCAGGUUUGCUCGGCAACUUCGAGAAUCUUGGUCGAGGACAGCAUCCACGACGAGUUCGUCCGCCGCUUCGUCGAGACCGUCAAGUCCGUCAGCAAAGUCGGCGACCCUUGGGCUGAGGACACCUUCCAGGGCCCGCAAGUCACCCAGGCGCAAAUGGACAGGGUCCUUGGUUACGCUGAUAUUGGCAAGAAAGAAGGCGCUACGCUUCUGCACGGCGGUGAGCGUGUAGCGGGCAAGGGCUACUUCGUCGCGCCGACCGUCUUCACCGACGUCGAUGAGAGCAUGCGUAUCUACCACGAGGAGGUGUUUGGCCCGUUUGUCGUCAUUUCGCGGUUCAAGACGCAGGACCAAGCCGUGAAGCUUGCGAAUAGCACUACCUACGGCCUCGGCGCGGCCGUGUUUACUAAGAAUUUAGAGAGAGCGCAUACGGUUGCGAAGAAGAUCCAGAGUGGAACUGUGUGGGUGAACAGCAGCAAUGACUGCGAUUUCAGGGUGCCGUUCGGAGGUGUGAAGCAAAGUGGUGUUGGUCGUGAGCUUGGAGAGGCAGGUCUCGAAGCAUACACACAAGUGAAGGCCGUGCAUAUCAACUUGGGGGAGUAG